UUGUUUUAGCACCUUAGCUAGCGAUUUCUCUCAUACAUAGUUACAUACCUACUUUUCUUCUGAAAACUUUUUCGAAGCGAUUCUUUGUGCAGUUGACUGUGGUUUCUUCUCUUCCACCGAAAAUAUUUCUUCUUUUCUGGCAUUGGAUUCGUCCGAGGGUUCCUUUUUAGAUUCACUUAUUCGCGGCGGGAGGCGAUUAAGUGAUGGCAUCAUCUCUCACUUAUUUUGUACACCUGGAAUCCCUAACCUCUACUUCUACAACAAUCCAACUGCGUUCUAGAGCCAAUUUCCUGUGUAGGGCGCCAGCUGCGGGCUGCUUCCAAAGAGGCCUUCUCAAAUUUUAUGAGUUUGAUUGCAGUAUCGGGUCCUUCAGGGUUGCCAAGAAAAAAUGGGGAAUCUUGCUUGGAGCUGCUAUAACAGGGCGAGAAGGAAAGAAUGGUCUGCAAGCCUUCGAGAUGGGGAGUGGUGGUACCGGGGAAGAUGAGGAUGAGGGUGAAGAUGGAGAGCUCGAUAUCGCAGAUGAUGCGCUUCGGGAAACAAUCAAGAAGAGCAAAGAGGUUCUGGCAAUGCAGAAGGGCCUACUCCGCCAGAUUGCAGAAAGAAGGAAGCUAAUUUCUUCUAUAAGAAGCGAUGUUGUUAAUACAGAACUGGGAAAAACUUCAUAUAGUGACAAUUCUGAUUCUUUCUUAAGCGGCCAAAAUUCAUCCACAGAAGCUGAUGAUGAAGAAGAAUACAGCAGAACCAACAUUUUUGAUAGACACCAUAAAAAAAUUCCAGAUGAAGAGGAGAAUAGUGUAACAGAUGAAUUACUGAUUGCGGACAUUAUUGGAUUCUCAAGAAGAGCAAGUUUGGAAUCAGCUGAGACUGUUACUGUAUCUCCAAGACCUUUAAAGACAUCUGAACCUUAUAUUUUAAGAGUUGAGGAUUUUGAGGAGUUGAAAGAAGAAGGUAUUCAGGGUGUAAAUUCGGAGCAGAAGGUGGCUUCUAAUGAAGAAAACAAAAGCUUCCAUCCUCUGGCUAGAGAAAAUGUCAUGAAUGUUAUAUUAGCAGCUGCAGAGUGUGCACCUUGGUCCAAAACAGGCGGACUUGGAGAUGUCUCUUCUGCUUUACCGAAAGCUUUGACAAAGAGAGGCCAUCGAGUUAUGGUUGUGGCUCCACGGUAUGAAAAUUACAAGGAGGCUCAUGACAUAGGAGUUCGCAAAAGGUACAAGGUUAAUGGACAGGAUAUGGAGGUUGCUUAUUUUCAUGCUUAUAUCGAUGGGGUGGAUUUUGUUUUUGUUGAUAGCCCAAUUUUUCACAACCAUAAAGAUGAUAUAUAUGGUGGAGAUCGAGUGGAUAUUCUAAGAAGGAUGGUUUUGUUCUGCAAGGCAGCUGUGGAGGUCCCUUGGCAUGUUCCAUGUGGUGGUGUCUGUUAUGGAGAUGGAAAUCUCGUAUUUGUUGCAAAUGAUUGGCACACUGCGCUGUUGCCAGUUUAUUUGAAGGCAUACUAUCGUGACCAUGGAUUAAUGUUAUAUGCUAGAUGUGUUCUAGUUAUACACAAUAUAGCACACCAGGGACGUGGCCCUCUGGAAGAUUUCAACUAUGUAGAUUUGCCUAGUAACUACGUGGAUCUUUUUAAGCAAUUUGAUCCCAUGGGAGGUAAUCACUUCAAUAUAUUUGCUGCAGGAUUAAAAACUGCUGACCGUGUGGUUACUGUGAGCCAUGCUUAUUCCUGGGAGCUCAAAACUCGAGAAGGUGGCUGGGGUUUGCAUGGGAUCAUAAGUGAAAUUGAUUGGAAACUCCAAGGCAUUGUGAAUGGGAUUGAUGCAAAGGAUUGGAAUCCUGAAUUUGAUGUGUAUCUACAAUCAGAUGGUUACACAAAUUAUACAGUAGAGACACUUGAUACAGGAAAAGCCCAGUGUAAGGCUGCUUUGCAACAAGAACUCGGCCUACCGGUCCGCGAUGAUGUUCCUAUUAUUUCAUUUAUUGGAAGGUUGGACCAUCAGAAAGGCGUCGAUAUUAUCGGGGAUGCAAUGCCUUGGAUUGUAAGGCAGGAUGUGCAGCUGAUCUUAUUGGGAGCAGGAAGACAUGACCUUGAAGACAUGCUGAGGAGAUUUGAGAGGGAGAAUCAUGAUAAAGUGAGAGGAUGGGUUGGUUUCUCAGUAAAGAUGGCACAUAGGAUCACUGCAGGGGCUGAUGUCCUGAUGAUGCCAUCAAGAUUUGAGCCUUGUGGUCUGAAUCAACUAUAUGCAAUGAUGUAUGGGACUGUACCUGUUGUUCAUGCUGUUGGUGGUUUAAAGGAUACUGUUCAUCAGUUUGAUCCUUAUAAGGAGACCGGACUUGGGUGGGCGUUUGAGAGAGCAGAGGCUAAUAUGUUGAUAGAUGCAUUGCGAAAUUGUUUGAAGACAUACAGAAACUAUAAGAGCAGCUGGAAGGGACUUCAGAGGAGGGGAAUGACGCAAGAUCUCAGCUGGGAUAAUGCAGCUCAGCGCUACGAGGAGGUUCUUGUUGCUGCCAAGUAUCAGUGGUGAUGAUUGUAUUUUCUGCUGCUAAUGGCUUUUGUUGGCUAUAACGGUUAUGGAUGUGUAUUAGAGGAUGAUAGAGCAGUGCUACGUUUUAUAUCAAUUGUUUUUUUCUGAGAAAGCAUUAUCUGUUAUUUUAAUCUCAAUUUGUUGUAAACUGUUGUGUCAGUAAACGUUGUUCAGUGACUUGUAUACUAUAAUAUAUGCAUUUAUCCAUAGUUUAGAUUCA